AUGGAUCCAGCCUCGAGAUCUCCCGCCCUCCCAGAUCGUGCUGCCUCCGCUGAAGCGAGCUCGACCCGGCCGAAUCCCUUUGAUGACAGUAACAUAUCAUCUCGCAAGCGCCAACGAACCUCGCUCUCCGGGUCUCCUACCAAUUCUCACAGCACAGUGAAUCCUGGUCACGACUCUUCUCGCUCCGCCACUCUUGACACUGAACCUGUCUUGCCUCAACCUGGCUCGACAACUGUCUACUCUCAACCAGACACGGUCGCGCCGAAGACUUCAGAUACAGGGUCUCCUGUUUGCGACCCAUUAACAGAGCCGCCAUCGAGCAUGGCUACUCUUAACCUGAGAAAUGCGCCCGAGAACGACUCAACUUCCUCACCACCUCCUCCACCGAACAUGGCCCAGUCAGUUGCGGCUGAGACUACGGCUAAUGCCUUCAAGGACCAAGUCAAAGAGAGCGUCGAGGAUGCUGAAGUCGCUAUGGUGCCACCUCCCCAGAAUCUCGGUACUCCACGGUCCAGCUUCUCGCAUUCAGCAAGCCCUCCCAUCGAAGUUAUCACUGUGCAGUCGGACGAUGAUAUGGCUUCUGAUCAUCAGAGCAUUGGGGUUUCAAUAGUCGAUGAUGAUUCUGUCAUGAUCGAUCCCAUCAACGAAUUUCCUUUCAGAGAACCCACAGAGACACUGGAGGGAAUGGUGGUGCGUCUCUGCAAUUACAUUGAAACUCAAUCGUCGAUCGAUGCAGGAGUCAUCUACAAACUCCAACAAUGGCUUGGGCGGUAUAUUGAUUACAUCACUACUGCCAAUCAGCAAUUGGUAGUCGAUUCAUGUCGUCUUAACCUUGUUUUCUGGGUGACAUUCCCACGCAUUAUUACCACUAUGGCUGCUCACAAGCCUCCGUUUCUAGCAGAUGAUGUGCUACGGCAUCAUACCAAGGCCAUCUUUUUAGACUACGCCAGGUUGUCAGCAUGGUUCGUCAAUCAGGAUAUUCACACGACCAAAGAGUUCAUAGCAGAACAGGGAGGCCGGGGACAGCAGACUGUCGAACUUUUCUGCCCAUGCUACCUUCAGAACCUCCACUCAAUCAUCAACCCGCUAUUGUUAAGUGAUGAUCAGUAUCAGCAUUUUGGGGCCUUGUCCACGACCUUUCUGAAGGCAUACCAGGACAGCCCAGGCGGGAGCCUUAGUCGCCUUCUCCAACUGACAAGAGCAUUGCUCCAAAUUAUCCCUACAUAUCCUCGGUUGACUAAUGACCUGGCACCUAUAUGCUUAGUCGCCUCAGAUAUCAUGGAGGAUUCCUGUAACAUUGGUACUCCCGAAAUUGCUUCCAAAAGCAAACAGAAACUUCUGAUAGGUCACACGUUGCUCGAUCUGAUACACGAAAGAUUGGGCAUCAUGAUUGACAAGAGUCCGACGCAUCUCGCCGCAGACAGUGUUCUUGUGAUCGUUCAAGCUUUGUCAAAUAUGAUCAACAUAGCUCUCAAGGGUGAUCACGCAGAUGCAACUCUCAUGUUGGAACGGCACCGCACGGAGUUUCCAGCAGUGCCUCUCAGAUACACUGCUGAAGCGAUUUCCUAUGAAUACCGCUUUCAGUUCUUGAUCAAACUAAUCAAGUCAAGUCAAAUGCAACUUCGAUUUCAAGGCAUGACACAAAUGUGCAAAGAGCUUAUUGGCUUCUGGAAAAAGCAUUGCGACAGCAAAGCCGAAGACGGGGGCCAUUAUGUCGAACACAUUGCGGAAUACCUGAUCCGGACCGAAUUCAUCGACUAUCUACUAGGCGCCAACUGCCAUCCUGAAAUUAUUGUUGAGGGUGCUAAUAUCAUUGGCUUCAUUAUUGUGACGAGAAGGUAUCGAAGGACGCAUAUCGAUAGGUUUUGGGAGGGCAUUACUUCCAGGCAAGACCCCCGUACCGCUGACGCUCUGGCCCGCAUGGUCAUUCAAUUCGCGCACCUUUUUGACGACGACGGGGUUUUGCUUCUCUGUGAGAAGUUCCAAACUCUUCCCAUAGACGCAUUCACGCCCGCCAUCCGAAUGCUCUGGGAGGCUGUCAUGAAGAAUAUCGCAGAAAAAUGUUCGAAUGGGCGCCUUCUGUUGAUCCAACCGUACAAUUUAUGUCUGCGUCUAUUGAGGGAUUCGUCUGUUUGCGCAUCCGGAUCGCAAGUCAUGUAUCCUGACAUCCAACAAGCAGCAAUGCAGAAAUUCGUAGAGCUCCUGAGGUACGGCCCAGAUGAUGAAGGGAAGCAACAGAUCUACCUUGGUUGUCUUCAAGACCUUGCAAAUAAGUCUGCACCAACCCUGGGGAGCCUUUGGUGUUUGUUCAUCACAUUACAAUCAAGGGACAUGAGCCAAGAGAUGCGCUGGCUAGUAGAACACCAUGACUUGACAAGACUCGUAAUUGAAGAGUUGGAACAUGCUAUUGGCGCUGGCAGGGCGGCAGGGAUUCCGGCGGUUCUCUCGUGCUCUAUCAACCAACCUCGGAGAGAGUUCAUUGCCAACCUCAUCCAGCUUGAGCCACCGUCAAUCACCGAGGACCUUGGUGUCAAACUAUGGGACAUGUUGGUAGGGCCAAUGUCCCUUUCACCAGGUGAUAGGCGGGUGGGCUGGGAAAUCUUGAACAGUGUCCGUCGCAAGCACAAAAAUGGUAAUUCUUUCCUUCGAGCUUGUCUGACCUACCAUCUUCCAGCCCUUUCGUCCGAAUACUUCUGUGAGGGCGUGCUUGAGUUUCUAAGAAUUGAGAUUCUCCCACGCCUCAACGACGAUCUUAGCCUUGCUCUCGAUGACCCCGAAGCAGUUGCUACGAGUGGCAUUGAACAAUUGUGGCGCCUCGUUCUCGAGGCCGAAGAUGAGACUCUAGUAGACAGGGCCAUACGAACUCUCGCAGUUGAUGUCUAUAUCGACAGUCGACUUUUCAACUCUAUCCCAACUCUGAGAGCACAAUCUGUCCAUCUGAAGCUAGCCAGUCGAUGCUUAGAGCAGCUGAAAAGUGCUGCCCAGAAGUUGAGAAAUGCAAGCCAAGGCACGAACAGCGAUGACCAAGUCGUGGUUACCACAAUUACUCUACGGCAGCUACAGCAGCAAGAAAGGAUUUUCACCCGUUCGUUGAAGUUUCUCCGCUAUAUUCUUGAAGCCCACCAGUCGAAGCCAUCCUUGGCCGCACCUGAUCUACGAACACUGAUCCCACGAGCCUCUCACGAGGUCCAAGGAGAUCCUGCGGGCCUGAAGUACCAGUCCUUCGAUGGGGACCAGCAGACUGACAUCAAGCCGCUUGUCAUUGGGAGGGCGAACACAGCAGCCUCGCUCCUCGCUAGUUUGCGGCAAGAGACUGGGUUCGAGAACUAUCGGAUAUACUACCGAGGCCGACCAUUCCUGCCGAGUGAGCAGGAUAUAUGUAGGUCCCUAGAAGAUCUAUGCGUGCAUGAUGGCCUUAUACUGGUCAGACGUGAGGAGGGUGGCCCCGCCCUCUCCAACAGGGUCAGGCCAGGCGCUUCACCACUAGAGAUUGAGAUUUCCGCACACUUUGACGAGAUGUGGGAGUAUUUGAGCAUGGAUGAAGCACUGGCACAAGAGGCAAGGCAGCCGUUCAAAUCUCUUUACGCUGUCCAUGCGUUGGUCGAAUAUGCUGAGACCCUCCUCCCUAGCCAACUGAUGGGUCAUCUCAAUGGUGUGACCACUGGCCCAGGGUCCGAUCAUGUGAUCCUUCCCGAGGCUCUCAGGACACCAAUAUCCUUCAUCGUACAGGCAAUCUCGGACGAGGACAUAUUCAAUGGUGCUUCGGUAUUCCUGCGGCUGAAGCUGGCGUCGACUUUACUGCAUACCCUUAGGCAGUUUCUUGACAGAAUCGGCAACCUCAAAUGUUCAGUACCGCCGCAGGGACUCCCCCUUCCUGACCCAAACAGGUUGGUGAAAAUGCUGUCUUAUGCCAUAGACUGUCCUGGUGACGUCUCUUCUCCGGUCAUAGCAGGAGCGCUUGUGAUCUGUCUUCGGCUGAGCAUGCUUGAUGACAAGUUUUGGGCUGAACUCAGCACAAACCCCGACUUUAACCAUACCCUGCAUCGUCUUCUACUGAUUGAUUCCCGCCAGAACAUGAGAUCAAUUUCCGCGAAACUAAUUGAAGAGCUUUUUGCCAUUGUAUCCCAUGAAUCCUCAAUAGUGGGGUAUUUCUGGAAGGUCACCAGCGCCAUGGUCAGACAAACGACUGAAUUUCCCAGCCAGAGCGAAGAACUCUUCAGGUUGGUUUAUUUUCUCGUUGCGAAUAUCAGCGGUCGGUCGCCUGGGUGCUUGAACAUUGAGAAGUUUGCCUCUCAAAUUAGCCAACUUCUUCUUGAGCAUACUACAACCGAGUCCAAGACACUUCCUAGUAACCUCGCAAUGUCACUUGUUUGGAAGCACCUAUACCCUCCUAAAGACCUGCGAAGUGGGCAGCCUGUGCCCAAAGUGAUCCUCAACGAAGAGACUCGAGCGAACCUUUCAGAUGUGUUAUUCACUCUUGUGAAGCACGACCAGAAGAAGAUGGUGGCGGUUGUGAAAGCUCUCGAGGAACAAGUUCCAUUCUUCGACGAUGAAGAGGACGACCACUACAUCUACGAUCUCAAUUACCAUUUCGACCGAAACAGAGCUCUUCGAGCCCCUUGUGGGUAUGCUGGUCUGCUGAAUUUAUCCAACACUUGUUAUCUCAACUCCUUGAUGACACAACUCUUCAUGAACACUACCUUCAGGCGUUUCAUCCUCGGUUGCCGCAUCGACGAUCCUGCAAACAGCCAGCAACUCCUAUCAUACACCCAGAAACUUUUCGGUCAUAUGCAGGAGAGCUACCGUCGCUUCGUCGAUCCGUCAAAUUUCGUCCAUUCCAUCAAAACAUACGACGACGCAUUGAUCGACAUUCACAAUCAGAUGGACGUCGACGAGUUUUACAACCUACUACUUGAUCGCUGGGAGACUCAGCUUUCAGGCCACGAUGAAAAGCGGGUCAUGAAAUCGUUCUAUGGUGGUCAGCUUGUGCAGCAAGUUAAGUCAAAAGAGUGCGAACAUAUCUCGGAGCGACUCGAGCCAUUUUCUGCGAUUCAGUGUGAUAUCAAGGGAAAGGGCACAUUAGCAGAAAGCCUCCAGGCAUAUGUGGAUGGCGAGGUCAUGGAAGGAGACAACAAGUACAAAUGCUCAACAUGCGACCGACAUGUUGACGCGGUGAAAAGGGCCUGUCUCAAAGAUGUUCCCGACAAUGUCAUAUUCCAUUUGAAAAGGUUUGAUUUCAACCUGCGUACCUUGCAGAGAAACAAGAUCAAUGAUUAUUUCUCCUUUCCGGAUAAAAUUGAUAUGCGACCAUAUACCAUUGGGCAUCUCAGCAACCCAACGACCGAUAUCGAGGAGGACAUCUUCGAACUAGUGGGUGUGCUUGUUCACGCAGGCACCGCUGAAUCUGGACACUACUACUCAUACAUUCGCGAGCGUCCCACCUCAAGGAAUCGGCCCUUGUGGGUGGAAUUCAACGAUGACUUAGUAACGCCAUGGGACCCUGCGCAGAUGGAAUACUCCACGUUUGGAGGUCCAGAUAACCGUCCCAUAUAUGAUACUAACGGCAUUCUGUACGACAAGAAUUUUAGCGCUUAUAUGCUGUUUUACCAGCGUUCUUCAUCCUUGCGCGCGGAACAGGAAAAGGUGCCGGCCCUUGUCAUUCCGGCACCCCUUCGUGUUGACGUGCCAGACCACCUUGCGGAUCAUCUCUCAGACGAGAAUACAAAUAUCCUCCGCCGCCAUUGCAUUUACGACCCGAGCAAUGUCAAGCUUGUUCAAGCCCUCUUCCGUCAGUCACAUCAACACUGCAGAUCCAUUGGCAGCUGCGAAAAAAGUUCGAGUAUCAACAGCUUCAUGGCUAUGCGUAGUCAAGAGCAUGGACUUCAGGAUCUUACCAUGCGAACGCUCAUUGGUAAUUUAGAUCAGGUUGUCACAAGGACUAAGGACACUCCGGAUUUUCUCUCAUACGAAAAGGCUAUCCAAGAUGCAGUCACAUCAUGCGAGCGGUGUGCUUUUUCGUUCUAUGAGUACUUCAAUCAGCAUCCGAGCGCUUUUCGCAUGCUUUUGCAGCGUAAUACAGAUCAACUAGUACGGAGCAAGAUCAAGAACCUUUUCAAGGUUGCAGUCACGAAGAUCUCGACGGCUUUGCCUAAUGUUUACGAUCCAGAGAUUCGAUACAAGUUGGCUCAUGAUGCUGACGGAGAUGAGACACUCUCUGAACCUGAUGCUUCCCAUCGCUCCGUUAUUGACGGCGUAAUGAUGAUAUUCCAACACCUUUGGAAAUUCUUUCAUAUUCACAUUAGAGCCUGGGACGAAUACUUCGGAGCUGUUCUAGACUUUGCUGAUAUGGGUCAUCGGGAAACCGGAUAUAUCUUGGCCGCGAACUUCCUAGCCAGCGCUAUCAGAAUCAUUUCUGCUGACCCGCUCCAGGAACUCAGCGGGAACUGGGCCAGAAUGCUCUCAAGUGUCAUUAGGCGGAACAAUACUACAAAGCCUACCUCGUAUGUAUCGAUUAUCAGACUAGUCAACCACUUGAUGAGUCAGAUGAGGCCGCAAAUAGGAACCGAAUAUGUCGAAGACGCGACAGAGCGUGUGUCAAACCCAGCUGAGGCCUUCAGCUGGACAGCCGAAGAGGUGGAUCUUGUUUACAGCAGUCCCAACGGUUCCUAUACCAGCUUGUUUGUUGAAAAACUCCUGGCCCUCGAUCAAGAACACGCAGGCAGCAACAAUAUCAUCAGAAUCUUGACAAGGCUGGACAGCAGUAUGGAUGAAAAAGUACUUGGGACCUUGAAGCUAUGUAUUCGUGGUGAGACUUCAACGCAGGCCAUGGAUCCGUUUCUGCGGGCUUCCAUCACGUACCUCGAAAGCACGGAACAGCUCAGCAACGCCAAAGACAUGAUUGAGCACGUAUCUAUGCAAGCGAAAAGCCUUCAAAACACUGAGGGGGUGUAUUUUGUUCAGCUCUUCAGAACAGCAUUGGAUCUCCGCCAACAAGACAGGGAAUUUUGCAAGGCGAUCCGCACGUUCAGCCGUGACCUCAUCCCAAGAUGGGUACCUUUUCUCCUCGCAAGCCCUGAAGAACAAGUGCGCCGGAGCACACAUGACUUUUUAGUUUGCGAGUUGGGUAAGAUUGAUGCUGAUGCAACCAGUGACCACGAUGUCACCGUGGAUGAUCAAGUCUCAAUCAGACAGAUGAUGAAGCAGACCGGUGUUAUCUGUCUCCAGUAUCUCAAGGACCACCAUGUGCGCAGACGGGCUCAAAUGAGUCGGGAGAUUGCAGACAAGUUCUUGAAGGUAAUUGAGGGGUGUGCAGCUACGGUGGCAACAACAGAGGAUACACAAACCGAGCUAGAUGUGGAACUCCUCACAUUGCAGGAAGAUGUUUUGAAUCCCUUCCGCCGGCUCAUUGUUGACGAACUGGAGGAAGAUGGGUCCGGUAUGUUACAGUCGCUCAGCGACUCCAGCACAAUCAUAACAGACUUGAGGUGA